AUGGGCAAAAUACACCAAGCUUCGGAACACAAGUUCCUCGACGAGCGCGGCAGCUCAUCAGCCACGCUCGCGCCCAACGGGCUCAACCGGGCGCGGAUAAUGGAAAAAGCCGUGGUCGACCGGAUAACCGAGUCCUAUUUUUGGAAGGAGCAAUGCUUCGGCGUCAACGAGGCCGACAUAGUCGACCGCGUCGUCGACCACGUCACGUACAUCGGCGGCGUGGUGGGCCAGUCCCAAAAGCCCACGCCGUUUCUCUGCCUGGCGUUCAAGCUGCUGCAGCUCGGCCCGGACGACUCCAUCCUGGCUGAGUAUCUCAACUUUGGCGGCGAAAAGUUCAAGUACCUGAGGGCGCUGGCCAUCUUCUACGUGCGCCUGACCCGCACCAGCGCCCAUGUCUUCCGGACGCUGGAGCCGUUCCUCGAGGAUAGGAGGAAGCUGCGGAGGAAGGGCAGGGCGGGCACGAGUCUGACGUACAUGGAUGAGUUUGCAGAUGACCUCCUCACAAAGGACAGGGUUUGCGCCACGAGCUUGUACAAGCUCACCAGGAGGGAUGUGCUGGAGGAUCUGGACGAGUUGGAGCCUAGGGUUAGCCCCCUGGGUGAUUUGGAGGAUCUUUUGGAAGAGGAGGAAGAGGAGGAGAAGCAAAGGGAUGCAGAGGAGAAUCGAGACAAGAGGGAUCGGGCUGGGAGUCGGGAUCGGAGCAGCGAUGACGAGGGGAGGAUAACUGAUGAUGAUGACGACGCGAGGGAAGGUCGAAGAUCGCGCGACCGAGACGAAGUAAUGGCCGAUCGGGACGGAAGCCCAGGACCGAGCGCUGGAUGA